CUCCUGCGCUUUUCAAAGCUUUGUGCCCGCACCGAUCGAAAAGAGCGACAGUGAGCAUGGCGCAAGCCCCAGGCAAGCGCAAGGGCUGCGGCCAUAACUGCUCCGAGCCUUGAUUUGGCGCGUAUGUGGCAGGGAGAUCUCGCGGAGCCGCUGGCUGCUUUCCUACAGCUCAAUUCUAUUGGUGCGGUCGGCAAGCUCUCGCGGCGGUGCCGCGACCGGCUGCCGGCUGUCUUAAUUAAUCUGGCGCGUAAACACGGCGCGCUGCGCGCGUCGAUGACCGGUUUUGUCAAGGCCAUUCAGGACACGGGCCGAGAUGACUGGUCGUUCUCGGGCGAGGCUUUGGACUCGUGGAGGAGGCAGGAACCGAAUGAAACGGAGGGCUCUUUCACCGCUGAGGAGGUGGAUUUUGACGGGUCGCGUUGCAUAAAAAUCACCACGUCUCAUCCUAGACUCGACGGUCCCUCUUUACCUGGGCAUAAUACCCAUGGAGGACUCAAAAAGGAGUUCGCUGCCGCUGAGAAAUUGUGCGUGCGUCAAGUCAAGUAUCGUUUCUGUUUCACGGACUUGGACCCGACCGAGAGCCAUAGCGAUCCAUAUGAGCAUGGCUUCGCUUUUUUCACCUUCGGCCCUUACGAAAAAUCGCUCCAGCUGCAAAAAGGCUUACUUGUCGAGCCGUCUCAGCACGAUCCAACUGCCUACCAGCUCGUUUGGUGGGACCAAGCGCUUGGACACGAUGGGCCAACUAUCAUGCGCGUGAGGCAGGGGACCUGGUAUGAAGUGUUGAUGACCUUCGAUUGGAGGACAACGGAUCAAACCGAUCCAAAUAAUCUGUUGGCGUAUAUUACCGUUACAGACAGAGAAACCAGCAGCCCGCAAAUGACGAUUAAAACCUCCCGCGAGCCCCUCACUUCCUUUGGGAUCUACAAUUCCAGCGCGUCGGUCAGCCAUUUCUCCUCGAUAAGCGUGCGGUACUCCAAACAAACGUCGCGCGAUGGCAGUCUCAGUACCGACGAGUAAAAUAUCAGAAUUAAGGAGC